UAAAUCAAUACCUAGUUAUGAAUCCUUUUAUAUUUACACCUAACAUUUACACAUAAAUCCUUUUAUAUUUACACCUAACUUUUCACACAUAAAUCAAUAGGUGAGUUGAUCAUGAAAAAUCCUUUUGGCGCUAAUGAAUUUGGGAAAAUCCGCCUAAUGAAUAAUCCGCCUAAAUAAUUCGUUUUAUUUAGACAAUUCAGUUCUUCCACAAUUCAGUUUUAUUCCACAAAUUGUCUGUAGACCGAUUCAGAUGGUAUUCUCUGAAUCUUGAAAAUAACAUUUCUGAAAAUGAUUGUUAUGAUCUAAUAAUGAAGACCAGGAAAUCAAAGUAAUGGAACUUCAAAAAAGCCAAAGCUCUACAAGACCUGCAAAUGGUUAUGAACAUGCUAGAAACUUGAGGGUUCAAGAGAACCAAAAGAGAUUAGAAGCUUCAGGACUGAAAAAUAUUGCCAAAUCUUUUUCAAGUCUAAAAGAAAUUGACAAACCAAAGAAAAAGAAAAAGAAAGCAAUGGAUACCAGUGAGAGAGAUGAAGACUUCGACAAUGCUGUUGAGCAGUAUAAUCAAGAAGAAGUUGUUUCAAAAAUUCCCAAAAAGAAUCAUCCAAAAUACAUUGCGCUGAUGUCCAUGAAUAAGUAUGCUAAUUUAGCAAAGAAACGAUGCAUUGCUCCAAAUGACUCCUGUGUGCUAACAUCUUCAGAAUAUAACCUGCAGAAGGGACAAGUGAUUAAUAAAAGGACGGGAAUAAAUAGUAGGGUUGAGGAAUUUGAGAAAGGUGAUUGGAGAAAUGGUCAACUAGUUGAUAUAAAUCCUCCAAAACAGAAUAAAUCAAGUGAAGAAGUAGAACAUUCUAUUUCUAUCACGAGAGGGAGAUCAAGUGUGGCUAAGAGAAAGUUAUUUGCAAUUAACGAUGAUGACUACGAGGAGCGCGACUUGAGAUUGCAUGAUACCAAUGAAGCACAAGAUGAUGCUGAAACUGAUGAUAUUGAAGACAUGGAUAGGAAUAAUGCAACAGAAGAACAACAUAGUUCUGAAGAUGAUGAAGAUGAGUACAUGGAUGAUUUACAAACCGAGAACGAUUUAGAACAUGAGAACGAUGAACUCUUUGACGAAGACCUUGAAGUUCCACAAUCAGAAAAUGAAGUCGAGGACGAAGAGCAUGAAAUUACAGAACCAGAAAAUGAAAUUGAGCAUGAAGAGCAUGAAGUUGAACAACUAGAAAAUGCUGCAGUUCGAAGUGUACCCAAAAGAGUGAGAGGACCAACGCGUAUGCCAAAAGUUUGGGCCCAGAAAAAAGGGGAGAGAGUUACUGUUUUAUUUAACGCACACGGAUAACCUAUUAAUGCCGAUAGCAGUAAACUCACCCAUUUCAUGGGAACCCUUUCAAGGAGUGGAAAGUAUUGUCCCAUUUAUAAACCAUGGAACAAAGUUAAGGACAAAAGGAAAAAAAAGUUGCUUCAACUCAUAAA